AUCAUUUCUUUCAAUUCAAUCUCUUCACAUAUUUUUAAACUUUUUUUAUAUAAUUUUCUUACCAUCGCAAAACUAUCAAUUCUUAGUCCAAUCUUAACAAAAAAAAUGGUACGCCAAAGAUCCCGCCGAACAAUUGAAGAGGUCUACGGAACAAAAUUCGAGACGACAAAACCCGUAGCCAACAGCACCAAGAAUGGAGGAUUUCAGACGAAUGUCCAUGACAAUGGUUACAUAAUUAAUUCCAAUACUCCAUAUUACACAACACCAGCUCCGCAAUCAUCUGCGCUCAACAACAAUGGGGCUUUAAAUAGUUCCAGACGUAGAAGCACAGUUCGUACAAAUGGAAAGACAGCACCCAUCACCGUAGCAGCUACCCACAAGAUUGGUGCUAACAAAGAAAAGGAGGAUAUUGGUAAGGACUACAAUAGCACAAAAAUGUUGAAAACCUCUCGUGCAUCAGGCCAUGAUAAAUCAGCUCGCCUUGGAGGUGGUGGUGGUGUUGGUGGUGCUGCUACCAAUCAAUAUUAUGACAACAAAACCUAUAGGCCAUACAUUGAACAUAACAAGGAAUAUCAUGUGACGUCUGGUAAUGAUGGUCAACAGCAGCAUCACCAUCAGCAUCAACAUCAGCAACAACAACAGCAUCACAACAAACAUCAGCAUGUCAAUCAUCAUCAUCAUCAUCAGCCUCACCAUCAGGAUGAGGAUAAGGACGACGAUACCGAAGAGUUUUUCCAACUUAUCCGUCAAACAGUGGAGAAUGCCAUUGGGAAAUCGAUUUCGGAGUUAUUGAAUCGCAAUUUCCGGGAACUGAGUUCAAAGAUUGACCGCUUUUCCAUGGAGCUGAAAAGCACCAAUGACCAAAUGAAGAAAAUGCACAUGGAACUGAAUAAUAAAAUUUCCCACUAUGGGGAAGAAAAUUCCCGACAUUUUCGCUACCUUUGCAUGAAAUCGGAAUAUGACAAAAUGUUCUAUCAACAUCAGACAAUGAUGUCGGCAGCGGUUGUGCCCAGCAAAAAUCGUCCCGUCAAACUUGAUAAACGCUUGAGUGCUGUCCACACAAAGUCUCCAAAUAACCAAACACCAAAUUCUUCGGAAAACGAUGCAAUACCAGCUCCAUGCACAUGUCGUAGUGUCAUAAAUAACAAAAGCUCCUCCAAGGAUCCCCAGAAGUCCUUAUCCAAUGAUCGCAAUGAUAUAAGCCGAAAAUCUUCCGAAGAUGGUAUUCGGGAAAUUCUCGAGCAAUUUCAACGAUUUUUCACUGAAAUGAAAGAACUUAAGAAUGGCCCCAACUCCGCCAGAAAAAUGUCCGAAAUGACGUUGAGAAAUGAUAAGGAAUGUGGUGCUGCAAGAGCUUCCGGGGCGGCGGGUGAUGUUAUGGCCAGUUAUCAUCAGGAAAAAGCCUUGCGUAUAAAUAGAGAAUUGUUUCAGGAAAAUUACGAUGAGGUUGACGAUGAUUUUGAAAUGAGUUCGGAUAGUAUAAGUCCUCGAAGUGUUGAAAAUCUAGAUAUACCACAUCAAUACAAUGGCGGAAUGACGGUGAGAACUUCAAAUACGUCCAGAACCCAACACAUUACUGGCGGUGGUGAUGGAGAUGGCGGUGAUGCUAUGUAAUGUGAGAUUGUAAUGAUACCUUUUUUCGAUUUGGGAACAAAAUUCUGAAAUGUCGAGUUGAGUAAUUUGUAUAUUUUCUCGUCAAAUUGUUUUGUAUUUGGUGUGCUUGUCGAUAAAAAAAAUAGAUAUCUCGAACCAAAACUAA